UCCAACAUUUUCAUUUCACUCGUGGUCAAGUUCCACAAAGAAGAUGGCCAUGAAAGUGUAUGGGCUGCCCAUGUCGACCAACGUAGCCCGUGUUCUUGUGUGUUUGGAGGAAGCUGGAGCACAGUAUGAAGUUGUUCCAAUCGAUUUCUCAACUGCUGAGCACAAGAGUCCAGAGCAUACUUCACGUAAUCCGUUUGGUCAAGUGCCAGCUCUUCAGGAUGGUGAUUUGAUUCUCUUUGAAUCGCGUGCAAUUUCGAAGUACGUGCUUCGCAAGUACAGCUCUGAACUUGUGAAGGAACACAGCAUUUCUGACUCUGCCAAGGUUGAUGUGUGGCUGGAAGUGGAGUCACGCCAUUUCAAUGAGCCCAUGUCUGUGGUAAUCUACCAAUGCCUCAUCCUCCCAGUGUAUUUUGGUGGACAGACCGAUGUGAAGGUCGUUGAAGAGAAGCUGGAGAAGCUCAAGAAGACUUUUGAAGUGUAUGAGGAGCGUCUGUCCAGGUCCAAGUACUUGGCUGGAGAUUUCCUCAGCCUGGCAGAUCUGAGCCAUUUCCCAACUGCAUACUACCUGCUGGCCACCCCUCAUGCAGCUGUGCUUGAUGAGUUCCCUCUUGUGAAGGCUUGGAUCUCUGACAUGCUGGCUAGGCCCACUGUCAAGAAGGUCAUAGACAUGAUGAAGGCAACUGCCUAGAAGAAAAAGUUCAUGGUGCUUACUUAUCAUGGUUGUGAUCCUUCCUAAAUGAUGUCAUCUGAGAAGGUGUGAUUGAAUAAGACAUGGGACAGAAUUAUCCUUGGCUUGUUUGCUUGAUAAGUGCUAAAUGAAUGUGUUGCUU